CGGCUCGCCAAGUGUAGAUGUAGCUUUAGUUAUUACUAGUUAAUCACCAACUGUGACCAAGAACGUGCUUCCUAAAACACGUCAGUCUCUUGUAAAUUAUAAAGCCAGUAAAGGAAACCUCGGAAAAUGUGGACUUUUCUGUGCGUGGCAACGAUAAUUGCUUUGUUUUUCUUUUAUUACCUGGUAGGCACGAGACACAAGAAAAUAAAUAAGAUUCCUGGCCCUAAAGGAAUAUUUAUCGUGGGACACGGGUUUGAUUUUUUGAUGACACCUGAGUCAGUAUUUUAUUAUUUUAGAUAUUUGGCAAAUAAAUAUAGAGAUAUGUUUGAAUUAAAGUUGGGAAAUCUACGAUUUUUAAUUCUGAUGCAUCCAAUGCAUGUAGAGAACCUGAUAAAUAGUACUGAGCAUAAUGAUAAGGGAUACCUUUACGCCUUUCUUCGGCCGUGGCUUCGAGAUGGACUUCUAUUGAGUAGUGGUAAAAAAUGGCAUCAACGUAGGAAAAUACUUACCCCAGCAUUUCACUUCAAAAUUCUUUGCCAUUUCAAUACUGUUUUAGUCGAAAAAAGUUUAAAAUUGGUAGAAAAUCUGCAGUCGGAGGUGAACUGUUCGAAAACAAAUAUUUAUUCUUUCAUCUCAGAUUUCACAUUAAAUUCUAUAUGCGAGACGGCAAUGGGAACUGUUCUUGAUGAAGAAUCGUCAACUGUUAGCAAGAGUUAUAAAACCGCGAUUCACGAUCUUGGAACUCAUUUACUUUAUAGAAGUUCAAGAGUGUGGUUACACCCAGACUCAUUCUUUAACUUGAGCCAAGUUGGAAAAGCUCAGAAGAGAACAUUAGAUUUUAUUACCUCAUUCCGUGAUUGCGUCGUAGAACAACGAAGGCAAAAUGGUAAUUUCAAGGACUUGUAUACAAAAACCAUGGAUGAAGGUGAUGAUGAAUAUUUCGUAAAUGGUAAAAAACGCCUGGCGAUGUUGGAUAUUCUAUUGAAUGCAGAGCAACAAGGGAUUAUGGAUUCUGAGGGCAUCAAUGAAGAAGUAGAUACGUUUAUGUUCGAGGGCCAUGAUACAACUGCAACUGCUCUUCAAUUUGCUUUUAUGUUACUAGCUAACCAUCCGGAUGAUCAGGACAAGAUAGUAGAAGAGUGCUCCCAACUUCUUGGCUCGUCCAAUCAAAGGCCUACAUUGAACGAUCUAUCAAAAAUGAAAUAUUUGGAAGCUUGCAUAAAGGAAUCAUUAAGACUCUAUCCGCCAGUGCAUUUCGUUGAAAGGAAAAGCAAUAAACCACUUAAACUAAGAAACGUUGAACUAACAUCUCAUACAAAGUUUACCAUUAUGAUUUUUGACUUACAUAGACGUGCAGAUCAGUUCAUCGAGCCUUUGGAAUUCCGUCCUGAAAGAUUCUUGAAGGAACCAACUUGGCACCCAUUUGCCUAUUUACCAUUUAGUGCUGGGAAAAGAAACUGCAUAGGUCAAAAAUUUGCCAUGAUGGAAAUGAAGUUGGCAAUAUCAGCAGUGCUCUCCAAGUAUCGCUUGUUGCCAGUCACCAGGCCACAGGAUAUAAUAUUUACAGUCGACAUUAUCUUACGCACAAAGGAUCCUAUCUUUGUAAAGUUUGAAAAGCGAUAAUCAUAUGGAAUGCUAAUUCAAGACGCAAAAUGUAAUUAAU